CUGGUGUGUUUUCCAUUGUCCACAUAACAUGCUGCUAUUAGGAGACCUGCUUCGUUCCUUGUAGUAAAACGAACCACAGAUGGAUCGCAGUCUGAAGCGCCGGCAGGUGAAGCCACUUGCUGCCUCUCUCUUAGAUGCCUUGGAUUAUGACAGCUCAGAUGAUAGUGACUUUGAAGUGGGAGAUGCCUCAGGCUCAGAUGGCACAGGAAAUGGCAGUGAUGAAGAAGGGUCUAAAGCGAGCGCUGCUGGUUCAGAAAGUGACUCGGACAACGGUGGUUCUGCAGACGAUGGUAUAGAUGAGGAGGAGGCCAAAGAACUGGCGGCUGAGGACAACUUAACCGAAGAUGAAGAGAAGACCAAUAAGCAGCCUUCCUCAGACAGCUUGACCAAAGACACCCCGGCUGUCACCCCACUAAAAGGCCGACGCAAGAGCAGGAAAACAUCAGAGCCUGAGCCCGCUCCAGCUGCUGAUACUGCCUCCACUACCGGAUCUGGCAGUGUGAACACUGAAGAGAGUCAGGCCGAGCCCAAGAAAUGGAAUUUCCGCAGGAACCGUCCCUUGCUGGACUUCACCACGAUGGAGGAGCUGAAUGAGAUGGACGACUAUGACAGUGAAGACGAUAACGACUGGAGACCCACAGCAGGGAAGAAGAAAGGCAAAGCAGCCGCCCAGAAAGGAGGCACUGAGGAAGAGGAAGGUGGCAGCGCUAGUGACGACGACGAUGAUGAUGAUGACGAUAAUGAUGAUGAUGACGACGAUGAUGAGGAUGAUGACAAGGAAGAUGGUGAUGACAACAACAACAACAGUAGCAGUGAUAGUGACAAAGAAGUGAAGAAGCCCAUGAAGAAGCCUAAGAGCACCAGUACUUUUGAUGAAGAGCUCACUAAUGACAGCAUGUCACAGGGAAAAGGCAAUGAGGAUGCCUUGCUGGAUCGAUCCCAGACCUGGAGCACUCAGCACAUCCUGAUCUGCUGCGUCUGUCUGGGAGACAACAGCGAGGACGCAGACGAGAUCAUCCAGUGUGACAACUGUGGGGUGACUGUGCAUGAAGGGUGUUAUGGUGUGGACGGUGAAAGUGACUCGAUCAUGAGCUCAGCCUCGGAGAAUUCGACAGAGCCUUGGUUCUGUGAUGCCUGUAAGAAUGGAGUGACUCCCAGCUGUGAGCUCUGCCCCAACCAGGAUGGCAUCUUCAAAGAGACCGACGCUGGGAGAUGGGUGCAUGUGGUUUGUGCACUUUAUGUUCCUGGAGUAGCAUUUGGAGACAUCGAUAAACUACGACCAGUGACGCUCACAGAAAUGAAUUAUUCAAAAUACGGGGCCAAGGAGUGCAGUUUCUGUGAAGAUACCCGUUUUGCCAGGACUGGUGUGUGCAUCAGCUGCGAUGCGGGCAUGUGUCGGUCCUAUUUCCAUGUUACCUGUGCACAGAGGGAGGGACUCCUGUCUGAGGCUGCAGCGGAGGAGGAUAUAGCAGAUCCUUUUUUUGCGUACUGCAAACAGCAUGCAGACCGGUUUGACAGGAAGUGGAAAAGAAAGAAUUAUCUGGCCUUACAGUCUUACUGUAAGGUCUCCCUGCAGGAGCGAGAGAAACAGCUUACUCCUGAAGCUCAGGCCCGUAUCACGACCCGCCUACAGCAGUACAGGGCAAAAGCAGAGUUGUCCAGGAACACCCGGCCUCAGGCUUGGGUGCCCCGGGAAAAGCUGCCACGACCUCUGACUUCCAGUGCCUCAGCCAUCAGGAAGCUGAUGAGGAAGGCGGAGCUGAUGGGCAUCAGCACCGACAUUUUCCCCGUGGACACAUCUGACGCCAACGCCAGCAUGGACGGACGCAGGAAGCACAAGCAGCCGGCCCUCACAGCAGACUUUGUCAAUUACUACCUGGAGCGGAACAUGCGAAUGAUCCAGAUCCAGGACAACAUCUCUGAACAGAAGAGCUUAAAAGACAAGCUGGAGAAUGAGCAAGAAAAACUGCAUGUGGAGUACAACAAGCUCUGUGAGUCUCUGGAGGAGCUGUUGAAUGUGAAUGGGGAGCUGCGGAGUGAAGGCCAGGCCAUGUGGACUCUGCUGGGGGGCAUCCUGGGCCAGAAACUAAAUACUCCAGCUGUUCUGAAAGCCCCAAAAGAGAGGAAGCCUAGCAAGAAGGAGGGAGGAACCCCAGGCAAGUCAUCCAGCCUGCCAGCAAUCCUCUACAGCUGUGGCAUCUGUAAGAAGAACCAGGACCAACAUCUGCUGGUGUUGUGUGACACCUGCAAACUGUACUACCACCUGGGCUGCCUGGAGCCACCACUAACACGCAUGCCUAAGAAGACUAAGAACAGCUACUGGCAAUGCUCCGAGUGCGACCAGGCCAGCAGCGAUGAGGCCGAUAUCGCCAUGGAGACACUACCUGAUGGCACCAAGAGGUCCAGGAGGCAGAUCAAAGGACCAAUCAAAUUCAUCCCACAGGAGAUGUCGCCAGAGCCCAAGAAACAUCAAGUGAGAGGCACGAGAACCAGAGGACAGAAGAGGAAGAGAGUUCCCAUCUGUGAAGACAAAGAAGAUAAAAUUGAGGAACCACUGCCACGGGAACGGCGACAACGGCAGUCUGUAAUGCAGAAAAAACCCAAAGCCGAAGACACGAGGACUGAGUGUACAACCUGCAAAGGACCGGGCGACAAUGAAAAUCUAGUGAGGUUGUGAGAGCCCGGGCAGCCACCUCACCUCCCAUAAAAACUCGGGACAGAUGACCAUUGGCUUAGAGACAGAGAGAGGCAAAUUGAGGCGUUUGAAGGAUGGCACUCGGGUCAGGCUGAAGAAUGAGACCGUCACGCCGCCCCACAACCACCUCUGAUCCAAACUGGACCAACAACUGUCCAACGAAAAUUGAGCAGAACUGUCUGAAUCUAAAUUAUGGAAUCCAAAUCAUGAAAGGUUGCUUUAAGCCAGUAAUGUUUGGUUAAUGCUCGACUCUGAAAUGCUUGUAUACACUACAAGUAACUUGAUUGAUGGGUUCAUUUUUUUUUCUGUUUAUCAUUUUGGGCUCCAGUUGCAUCUAUGGAAAGGUCUGUAUUAAAAGAUUUUAGCAAGUGAACACAAUACUGUGCUAUUUAUGUAGCCCAAUGACAUAAGUGCUUAUCAAUGGGCCAACUGAUAGAUGCAACUGUCUUUAUCUUUUAUUAGACCCUGAGUCCUGUAAUCUUCAGAAGUUACAUGGUAUUGCAUCAUUACUUCCUGAAUGUGAUGUAUUUUAUUUUGAAAUAAGAUGUUGGGGCUUUUCAUGAGACAGUAAGAAAUCAAACUGAUGGGUCUAUAACCUAUGGAGUCAGAUGAGUCAGAAGACAGGUUUCGCUGUUACGGUAUGCCCACCAGUGCAACGUGAUGUCAGCAUUGAAGAUGAAUUGGUUUCCAUCGUUGUAGUUUUCCAGGAAGGUCAAAUGCCCAUUUCAUGGGAUCUUAUAGAUUGCAUUCAAAUCUGGCUGUUAUGUGUAAUUAGUUGGUCCAAGGCUGAUGAGUUUUUUGACUGCUCAUAUGGCAGCUAAGUUUGUUUGGCUUCUUCACUCUUUAGGAAAUGAAAUAAAUCCUGUUGGGUUGUUGCUCGCUGUGUGAAAGCACAACAAAAAGCUGAAAGAGCUCUUAAAGUCAUGAACCUGCUGCACUCUCUGUGACAGUCUGACUCUCUGUGGCCCUAGCUACUCAACAUGUAUGUGAAAUGAUUUAGAUUAGCAGAUUGUUUGUGUUGGUACUCGGCUGGCACUCUAGACUGUUCACCUCCUUGUGCCACUUCUCGUCAGAGCCAAUCAGCCGGAUUGAUUGUCAUUGAAGUCAUCCAGUCAUUCUUUAGAAUUUCAGUGUGAGUUACACACAAUUAUUAGUGGUUAAUUACAGGCGGAUUUGAACGUAGGCUUUCUCAGAUGUGAGUGUUGUGUUGUAUCUUUUAAGUUUUUUAAGUGAAGUACCAGAAGAAAAGUCAGUGUUUAUAGAAAAGCCAACAGUUUCUGGUUUGUCAACUGUAGCAGUAAAGUAAUGCUGCCAUAAAGCAUCUGUAGUAUGAACAAACUAGUGUAGUUAGUGGUAAUAGCACUUAAAUAUUAGUCCAGAUGUCUUUAGUGUCUUUAGGCAUUUAGAAGUCUUCCUCUGUCUCCACAUCUUGAAGUGACAGUUAAACUGACACGUCCUCAGACAGAACCCCAGCUUUGUCUCCAUGUCCCUGGUGGCCCAUAGUCAGUGCUGUCAAAACAACAGCUGCUUGCUGGUCUGUCAGGGCUUAUGACAAGUGUCACAUUCUGCCCUCAUGUGUCAGUCUGUUGCCUAUCCAGGGCCCAAUAUGCAUGCUUUUGGGAGCAGUCAAACCCAUGCAGUUUUACUGCUUUUUGCCUCUCUGGUGUGUGUCCAGUGGGUUUGUCUUUAGAGAUGAGAUCUUGGUGCAGAAUGACUUGCUGACUCCUGACCAGCUCUUUUCCAUCAAUCAUAUUCAGUCAGUCCCAAAGACUGUGUGUCAGUUAUACAAUGCAUGGCUGUAUCUAUUUACCCAGAUAUGUAUAAUAAUUUAAAACUGAAAAUAAGUGAUGUGGUCUUGUAGAAUUUGAAUGCCAGGUAGUGUGACGAUAUGUACAGUAUUUAUUGAAGAGGCCAAACAUACAUCUUUUUUUUUGUGCCUACAGACUUCAUUAUAUAUCAUAAGCUUGUGUUGUGAACAGAGUUGAACUCUGAUUUGUGAUGUAGUCUUGAAGCAACCACCAUUUUUUCUUUUAAUUGCCAAACAUUUGUUUACCUUUGUUUACAGACAUGUUCUUAAGGGAAUAUUUCAGAUUAAUUGUGUACUGUGUUAUUGUGAUACUGUAUGAAGUAACAACAUGAAUGUUGCUCCUGUUGUGUAUGUAGUGUCUCAGUCUCUGGCCUAUAGCUCUUGAAAAUUAAGCGGAGCUUUAAUAAACUCUUGAC